UUUGCCUGUUAAAAGACUGCUUAGCUAUCUAUGUCAAUAACUUACAAUGAGCUUGUUCGGUUCAAGUUCUGGAUUUGGGGCCGGAGGCACAGGUGUUUUCGGCACCACCACAACAGACAGUCAUAAUCCAAUGAAGGAUGUUGAAGUGACGUCACCACCAGAUGACAGCAUCAGCUGCUUGGCCUUUAGCCCUCCAACAUUGCCUGGAAACUUUUUGAUUGGUGGCUCUUGGGCCAAUGAUGUGAGAUGCUGGGAAGUUCAAGAUAAUGGCCAGACAGUCCCUAAAGCUCAGCAGAUGCACACAGGCCCUGUGCUGGAUGUUUGCUGGAGUGAUGAUGGAAGUAAAGUCUUUACAGCCUCCUGUGACAAAACUGCCAAAAUGUGGGAUUUGAACAGUAACCAGGCCAUGCAGAUAGCACAACAUGAAGGUCCAAUCAGGACAAUCCACUGGAUAAAAGCACCAAACUACAACUGUGUGAUGACUGGUAGUUGGGACAAAACGCUGAAAUUUUGGGACACCCGCUCUCCAAACCCCAUGAUGUCUCUGCAGAUGCCUGAGAGAUGUUACUGUUCUGAUGUGGUGUAUCCGAUGGCUGUGGUGGCCACUGCAGAACGAGGGUUAAUCGUGUACCAGUUGGAGAACCAGCCAUCUGAAUUCCGGCGUAUAGAUUCACCUCUGAAACAUCAGCACCGCUGUGUGGCCAUCUUUAAGGACAAACAAAAUAAACCCACUGGAUUUGCACUGGGCAGUAUUGAGGGACGAGUGGCCAUUCAUUACAUUAACCCACCCAACCCUGCCAAGGAUAAUUUCACCUUCAAGUGCCAUAGGUCUAAUGGAACAAACACCACCACACCCCAGGAUAUUUACGCUGUCAAUGCCAUUGCUUUCCAUCCUGUGCACGGCACGUUGGCCACAGUGGGCUCAGACGGCCGCUUCAGUUUCUGGGAUAAGGACGCUCGCACAAAGCUGAAAACCUCUGAGCAGCUUGAUCAGCCAAUCACAGCUUGCUGCUUUAACAACAAUGGCAACAUAUUUGCCUACAGCUCCAGCUAUGACUGGUCCAAGGGACAUGAGUACUACAACCCCCAGAAGAAGAACUACAUUUUUCUGCGAAAUGCUGCUGAGGAACUCAAGCCUCGGAACAAGAAAUGAUCCUGUCAAGCUGUUGCAUCUCAGAAGACCUGCGUUAGCAUUUAAAUACGGGAGAAAGUGAGAGACCGUCUUAUGGCUUACAUCUGGACCAAUGACGUGGCAUUGCAUACAUUGUAUGGACCAAUCAGAAAGGGCCAGCCACUCCUACACGAUGGUGAUGACAGCAAAUUGCUUUGUGCUGCAUGAGAGAAGCCAUGUAUUAAUGUUCUUGGUGUAUGUGAUUUGUGUGGUUUUUUUUUGUUUUUUGUUUUUUUUGCUAUUCUUCAUAACUGCAGUUCUUUCUUUUUUACACUGCUUUUACAAAGCAAAACCUAUUCACACGUUUUCACCACUUUUUUGCUGUCACAACAUGGUGUAGAUUCUAUUCAUUACAUGAAUUCAAUAAAUGUCUCAAGGACAAUGCAUUUUGA